UGGCGUGCUGCGGGUCGGUUUUGGGUUGGUGUUCCCCGGAAGUUGAAGGCUUCGAGCGAGCGGGACUCUGCGCUGCUCCGCCGGGCGCCUCGCAAGUUAGCGGCCUGAGUCGCCUUCUGCUUCUCUUAGGGUUAGAAGCACUUGCAGAGUUUUCCCUUGGAACUCGUGUGUGAAAGCAGUGUGGCCCACAGGUGCCACUGCCAUGAAGGUGAAAAUUAAGUGCUGGAACGGUGUGGCCACUUGGCUGUGGGUAGCCAAUGAUGAGAACUGCGGCAUCUGUAGGAUGGCAUUUAACGGCUGUUGUCCCGACUGUAAGGUGCCUGGUGAUGACUGUCCCCUGGUAUGGGGGCAGUGUUCCCACUGCUUCCACAUGCACUGCAUCCUCAAGUGGCUGAACGCGCAGCAGGUGCAGCAGCACUGCCCCAUGUGCCGCCAGGAAUGGAAGUUCAAAGAGUGAGGCCCAUGUUGUGCCUAGCUCCCUCUCCCAGCACUGCUCCAAGCUCAGCCCCUUCCCCUCACUGGAGAUGGCAUCCUGACACUGCUUCACACAGUGGAACCCAGUGGCCAUGGCCUGUACUGGGUACACGGACA